AUGUUGUAUUAUGGCCUUUUAGUUGUUGGCACAGCUGCUAUAGUGCUAGCUGUUUAUAAUCUUAUAAUCAUCAAGUGGUGUACUCAACGUAGAGGCCGGUCAGGGCAGAGGCCAAAUGAGUUCAUAGAAGUAACAGCAAGCCAAAGUUUUGAACUCUCCAGCAGGAACUUGCUGUCUAGUUUCAAGUACAAAAAGGGAAACAUAGGCGGUGCCCAAGAUCAAGGAACUGACUAUGAAUGUGCUGUUUGCUUAUCUGUUUUUGAAGAGGGAGAAGAGGUAAGGCAAUUGCCAAGUUGUAAGCACUCAUUCCAUGCUCCUUGUAUAGAUAUGUGGCUAUUUUCUCACUCUGAUUGCCCGCUUUGUCGUUCACGUGUUGAUCCUCCUCUUCCGGUGUGUAAUAGACGACUGGCCGUCGCAGCAGCUGAUACACCGGAGAACUCUAGGGAAGGGUUACUGGAUAAUUCAGCCAUCAGUAGUGCUGUUUGA